AUGCACUUAAUGAACAAUUACGUUUUAAGACCUCUUAAGAAAAUAUUAAAAUCUCAGGUUAAUUUAUUGAAGAACAAGUUUGGAUUUGAUGAUGCUUUUAAUUAUAAAGACGAGCCUGAUAGAACUGCAACUUUGAAAAGGUAUUUGCCUAAGGGAAUCGAUAUCUACUUUGAGAAUGUUGGUGGAAAGAUACUCGAGGUUGUCCUCCCAAAUACGUCAGUCCAUGGUAGGAUCCCUGUUUGUGGAAUGAUUUCACGGUACAAUCUUCAACAACACGAUGGGGUUCACAACUUAACUCAACUUCUCAAGAAACGUGUUCAUAUGGAAGGGUUUAACGUUUCAGAUCAUUAUCACCUUUACACAGAUUUCAUGGGACUGAUGAAGCAGUAUUUCAUGGAUGAAAAGUUAUUUUAUGUUGAAGAUAUGGUGGAAGGUAUUGAAAGUGCUCCGGUUGCGUUAGUUGGUCUUUUUACUGGCCAAAACAUUGGGAAGCAGGUUGUCAAAGUUUCUCAUGAAUGA